AUGUGUCGGCAUGGCUUUUGGGCAAGAUGUCUCGAACCUUCCGAUGAACCGCCGUCCGACGCGACAGAAGCAAUCCCCAACGGCGGCUACGGCUGGAACGUAGUCGCAGCAUGCUCGUUCACACUGUUCUGGAUCAACGGCUACACCACCGCCUGGGGCGUCUUGCAAACCGCCAUCGUCAAAUCACCUACCCUACAUACCGAUGUUCGGACCAUCACCUUCGUGGGCAGCUUGUACAUGGCGUGCCUCGUAGCCGUCGGCCUCGCCUCGAUCAGAGUCAUACGAGCGUUUGGCGUGCGGCGCACCAGCCUCGCGGCGACGCUCGUGUUCGGCGGGUGUCUGAUAGCGACCAGUUUCACGCUUGAGCACCUCGGCGGCCUGUUUUGUGUUGCCGGAGUUCUUGUUGGGGUCGGUACUUCGCUGUUGUACACGAUUACGAAUAGCCUCCCGCUGCAAUGGUUCAGCUCCAGGCUGGGGAUCGCGAACGGGCUAGUAAAAGCCGGCGGUGGUGUGGGUGCUACUGUGUUCCCGCUGGCUGCGCAGGCUCUCAUCAGCAGGUUCGGGCUGGAGUGGACCUUCCGCAUCUUCGGGAUCCUCAUCAUUGUCACCGGGAUACCCUGUUCGUUUGUUCUCAAAGAACGUUCGACUACGGGCACUCUUUCGAGGUUCGACUGGUCACUUCUCAAGAAUUUCCCUUUUUUGGCGUUGGCUAUGGCAGGCGCCAUUGGUGUCUUCGCCAUGUUUGUGCCACCCUUCUUCCUCCCACUUUUCGCGAGCUCUAUCGGUCUAUCAGCUGCAACUGGUGCCGGUCUCGUUGGCGGGUUCGGUGCUGCGACUGCUGUGGGCCGCGUGCUCGGAGGCUGGACGUGCGAUCGGAUCGGCUCCUUCAACACAAUGUUGAUAACGUGCCUGCUCAACUCCGUGAGCAUGCUGGCGAUAUGGCCAGUGAGUACGUCACUGCCGCCCCUGUUCAUCUUUGCAAUCAUCAAUGGAUGUGCAAACGGCAGCUUCUUUGUCGGGCUACCUAAUGCGGUGGCAGCGCUUGCUCCACACUCGGCGGCGGCAUCCAUCAGCCUGAUGGUUUCCUUCUGGACUCCAGGUUAUUUUCUGGGGGCACCUCUUGCGGCCAUCCUCAUCGACGCGACCGGUGCAGCUGAUGCCAAGUCCAUUGAACCAUACCGCGCGGCCAUCUUCUACGCUGCCGGUACGGGGGUCCUAGCUACACUCAUGAUCCUACUAGCGCGCUUGCGCUUAGAUACUAAGAUUCUCAAGAAGUUGUGAACCAAAGACGUACGUUGUGUCGCGGGCAUCUACGCUCUUUCGCGGAAAAAAAGCGAUGAUUUGCGGUAGAUGUCGCCUUCUAUAGUGCACUUCUCUCUUAUCAACAAUUACGGUCUCUUGACCCUCCUAGUCUAGUCUCCGAGACCCCUGAAACAGCACUUUGUGAAGG